CGCUCUGCCCGGGACGAUGCUUUGCAGCGGAGGCGCGUCUCCGUCUUCUCCUGCGCUGCAAAUGAAUCCGCUCGCAAUCUCAGCACCUGCUAGUUAAGUCUUACUGGCCCAGCAGAAAUGAAGUAGGUCUCGUUUGAAAGAGCGUUCCACCAGGCCGGCCCAGAGCCAAGAUGGUUCCGGCUCUGGCUGAGGACAGCCGGAUAGUUUUCGGCCAGAGUAUUGUGCACUUUGGAGAGAGGUUGUGCGUUUGAAGGGAAAUGAACGACCCUUGAGCCCUCCGAAUUUUGAAGUGCGACCGGCCACCUGACAAGAUGAGGUGAACAUAUCCCCCCAAAGGCCCAGGAUUUCUGCACUUGUAAUUGGGCCUUGGUUGUUAGUGAGGAAAAGAUGUGGUGACUUGGUGACUGAGGAAGCAGCUUGCUGGUACUUUACCCCGAUCCAGAAAAGCCGUGUGAGAAACAGAAGCUGAUCUCUCCUCCCCGGUGACUCUUCAGCUAGCAGUUGUUUUGGAAAGGAUGUUCAAGUUGGCCUUUGGGAGGCAAAUAGCUGUCUUCUGCUACUGGUGGGAAAAGAGCAUGUUCCGAAGAUGGAGGGAUUCUGCCAUAAAAUCCCAACGUAAAGACAACGGAUUCUGAAAAUCUCCCUCAAUUUGAGUGGCCACGUACAAUAAAUAAAAUUAUUGCAGCUUAGCACUUUGUUUCAUUUUGCGGAGUAUUUUUUGGGAUGGAGUUGAGCACUACUUUGAAAACCAUUUCGUAGUCUGUAUUUCCUGUGAAUUGUUUACUUAGUGGCAAUUUUAUGCCAAUCUGUACUCUGUUCCACUGAAAAAUAAAAGUGCAGUCAGUUGUGGUGCAGCGGUAGAGGAAAUAGUAUGCUUCCGCAUUAGAAAAUAGCCCUGAAUUAAUAUGAGAAUUACCAUUCAUUUUUAAGCACAGGCUUUGUCAAACCCAUUAUUCUAUGCCGUAUUAGUCAUGGUACUUUGAUAAAGGGGCCUUUAUAGCACAUUGAAUAACUCAGCAGAAUUUGCUUUUUUGAAACAACGUCAUCCGUUUCCUUUGCAAAAUGGCUGAUGGAGCAGGCAUGUCUACCUCUGAAGUGAACUCUCCUCUCUGUUACUUCAAAACUAAUCGCAGAGGUCAGACAAUUCGAAGUCAGACUCAGCAACUUAUACUGAACGUGUACUCGCGCAUUCGGGAAGAUCAGCCGAGCCUUAGCAUAGAGGAAUGUGUUGGAGAAACCUCGAGGCUGACGGGUGUGUCGUCUGCGCCCAUCUACAGGGCAAAGAAGCAAUGGCACACAGGAGGCGGAGUUCUCGGGACGCCGGGCAAGAAACGUCCUCGCAAAUCCGAGACGAAGGGAAGCAACGUGAAGUGUGACAGCUCUGCUCGUUGCGCAAUAAGAGCGAUUGUACAUAAGUAUUUCUUCAGAAACGAGAUACCCACGCUAAAGAAAAUACUUAGUGAUGUAAACGGCGACCCGGAUCUGCCGUGCAUUUCACAAUCGACGCUGCACCGCAUUUUGAAAGACAUUGGCUUUGCCUACAAUCGCCGACAUAAGGAUUGCACAUUGACCGACAAGCCUGAGAUCACAGCGUGGAGGCACCGGUAUUUGAGAAAGAUUCGCCAGUUUCGUUCUGAGGGGAGGAAGAUCUUUUUUCUGGAUGAGACGUGGGUGAGCGAGGGGCACGCGGUCUCAAAAUGUGGGCAAGACCAAAUUGUCAAGCCAACGAAGGAGGUGUUCCUUAAGGGCUUGUCUGCGGGACUGAGAGAGUCGUCUGGGAAGGGGAGUCGCUUGAUUUGCGCUCACUGUGGGAGCGAGGAAGGGUUUGUGGAGGGUGCGUUGCUUCUUUUUCGGUCUGCAACAGGCGAUUACCAUCAGGAAAUGAACGGGGACAGCUUCGAAAAAUGGUUCGGCGAGCUGCUGCGGAAACUGCCUCCCGAAAGCGUGAUUGUUAUGGAUAAUGCCUCUUGUCAUUCUGUGACGUCUGAGAAGAUCCCAACAAGCGGGUCCAAAAAGGACGCCAUCAGGACGUGGCUAACGGAGAAGGGGAUCUCUUGGGAGCCGGAGCAAGUUAAGCCUGAGCUUAUCCUUCUGGUUCAAAGAGAAAAGCACAGGUUCGUUCGGUUUCGGGCAGACGAAAUGGCGGUUGCUGCCGGGCAUCAAGUGCUUCGCCUCCCUCCCUACCACGCGGAAUUGAACCCCAUCGAGUUGGCGUGGACUCAGAUAAAAAGACACGUGGCGAUAAACAACAACACCUUUAAACUGAAUGACGUUAAGAAUUUAUUUGAGGACGGAGUGCAUGCAGUGACUCCUGAGAUGUGGAGCGGUUUUGUCCAACGUGUGACCGAAAAGGAGCAGCAAUUUUGGGAUCUUGACUUUCUCCAGGAAAACAACGAAACAUCCCCACGAAAGAUCCAUUUGGGGUCAGACUCUGACAGCCCUUCCUCUGAGAGUGAAGAGAGCUAUGAAUAAAUAAGUAAAAACUCCCAAGGUGAGAUCUUUCGUUGGCAUUACUCUGUGUGCCUCUCCCUGGGCUAUUCCUCAAUCACCAACAAAUUCAUGAGGGGGUUUUUCGUUUUCAUUUUUGUGUUUGAACGGAGGAGAGCGGGGCAGAACUUGGUAGGCACUAGGACCUAAGCGGAACAUUCUACAGUAAAGAAGGUGCAGCAUGUGACGGAUGAACUCUUAUCUUUCAGUGGAACAGUAGCCUGGCUUUGCAGAUAUCAAAAUGCCAUGUUAUUAAUGGGUGGAAUUACAGUGUUCUUUAUGUCUCUGUCUUGUGAAGAUAGAAAAGGCUUUACUCCCAAGGAAGUUUUCAACACUGAAACCAAAUGGCAUUUAGGUUUUGAACAUUGAUUUGCCUUUAUUCUUUCCCCUUCUGUUGUAACUUGAGUUCCUUAGCAUGCAGAAUCCAAACUUUCCGGAAGUACUUCCCUAAGAAUGCUAGUGCCGGUAGACUUUCAAUCAGUUGUGAUCUCGCCAAUUAUAAAGUUUGUGCUUCAAACCAAA